AUGGCUCACAAAUAUAAUGAAAGAUUUUUAGUGUCAUCAGCAAUUAAGGCAAAGUUGAUAGAGUUAAAUGCUUAUGUUGAUGACGAACUCCCUGAUUACAUUAUGGUUAUGAUUGCCAAUAAAAAGACGGAGAAACAGAUGAACAGUGAUCUCAAUUUGUUCCUAAGCCACAACACAGAAAAGUUCACAUCAUGGUUGCACAUUUUGUUGAAAAAACUUCAAAGUCUUGGAUCAGACCAACAGAAAUCCAAAGAAUUAGAAAAAGCAGAGGCAAAAGACAAUGACCCCCAGAAAGAGACUCAUGUAGAUAAAAAAGAGAGGCAGAGUAAAAGGCAGCUGUCAACAGAGAAGAAAGAAAAGACAAAAGAGAAAAACAAAGACAGUAGGGAGAAAACAAAGGAGGUCAGAAGUGUGGCCAAAGAGGGCAAAAAAGGCAAGGCUGGCCCUGAGGUAGACCCAGAAAUCGAGGAUUUACUGACAAACAAAGAGGAGGAUGAGUUUGCUGCAGAGUUCAAAGAGGAACCAAGUGUAUCAAAGACAGGAAAGGCAAAACCAUCAGAUAAAAAUGCAUCAUCCCAGGAUAAACAGAAGGCUAGUCAGGUCAGCUCUCAUAGUAAGGCCAAGUCUGUCGUGAAGCCGAUAUCGGUUCAUUCUCGCCUAGGUCUACCGAUAUCUCCAGAGAAAGAUAGGAGAACCUCCUCUAGAAGUUCACCCCCAGAGGCAGGCAGAACAGUCCAGAGACCAUCAUCAUCAUCUUCAUCCAAGAGAACUGUAACCCCUCCCCGGAGACGACAGCCCACUUCUGUUGUGGCGUCGGUGAAGAGGAAGUUUGAGUUGGAGGAGGAAGAGGAGUAUGACCCCUAUAACCCUGCGGUGGGCAGCGUGGCCAGCGUGGUCCAAGUCUCCUCCCGACCUAGAAAGUCCAGUGUACCAAUUACAAAACAAGCCAACAAAAGCCUAAUACUGAAGGCCACAGCAGAAGCUGAGAAGUCUGUCUCCAUGGCUAUGAAUUCUGUACUUAAAGAGGAAAAAAUGUACAGUGCCAAAGAGGAUGCUAGAACAAAACUAAGGAAACCAGUAACUGUGACACUUCAUGGAAGGAGUGGAUCCAGUGGGGUGGAAUCCAGGAAACCUUCUACUGCAGGAAAAGCUAGAGAGCUGGUCUCCAACUCCAAAAAAACUGAGUUGAUGAAAAAUAUGAAAUACACUAUAGAGAACAAACCCAAACCACAAAAAGUUCAAGAAGUGCCUCGUGUGAUUCCAGUGGUUGACAGUCGGUACAUUGAGAUCCAGGACAGAACAGAGGAUGGAGACAGUAUUAAUAGCAGCUCAAACACAAGUCAGCAGCUCCCUGUGGGGUCAGAUGAUGACCGAUCCGUGAGUCCUGACCUUGAUCCAGAUGUACAGCAACUCCUACAGCAAGAGUCAGAGAAGGAGCUCUCACAGGGCAGUCUGGAGGUGGGGGAGCCUGAGGGGUCGAGUCCAGAGGUGGUUGAGGAGGCGGAGGAGGGGGCAGAUAUUGAUGAGGAUGACGAUGUCUCACAGAGGGCGCUGUUGUUGAAGCAGCAGAGUUUGCAGAAGAACAGGAAGAGGACACUGGCUCAGACCAAAACACAAAAACCCACGGCCUUUGUGUCACCCGUGGACACCAGGUUUAUUGUCACACUGGACGGGGUGAACCCUGACCGGUUUGAAGCCGAUAAAGAAGUUGGGGGAGGUGACAUGGAGGUCUCAAAUGAAAUCCCAAAGAAGGCUCAUCUACAUUCAGCUCCAGAAGUGAAACCAAUCACAUUUAGCCUGAAAGAUACAGAUGAUGAAGAAGAGGAAGAAGUUCUACCAUCAAAAGCGGCCAAAUUGUCUGAGAAAUGCCGGUUCUGGCCAGCGUGCGUCAAUGGCAACGCUUGUCUCUACCAUCAUCCCACAAUGCCUUGCAAAAUGUUUCCUCAGUGUAAAUUUGGGGACAAGUGCCUCUACAUUCAUCCUAAUUGUAAGUUUGAUGCUCAGUGCACUAGGAAGGAAUGUCCAUUUACUCAUGCCAGCAAGAGAAACACUUCUACCACAGUCAUACAGAAAAUUGUCCAAGUCCCAGUCCCAGUGGCAGCUUCUUAUGGAUCCUCAUUCAACAAGGGAGCCCCUACCAAUACACCCAUCACCUGCAGGUUCUUCCCUAACUGCAGUAAUGUCCAGUGUACCUUUUAUCACCCCAAGCCAUGUCGAUUUGGAAUCAAGUGCAUGAAUAAACCCACCUGUAGUUUUUACCAUCCCUCUGUGCCAAGCAAAAGUCAGCUGACAUGGACUUCUUCCAGUAAACAGUCUAGUCGUCACAUCAGCCAAAGACAGUUUGAUGCUGGGGCAGCAGAGUCAUUACCAGUAUCUGUAGAUUAGAGAAGAAACUAUCACAAGCUGUGAAUUCCUUAACAUCCCAGCAAAAAUUUCUGGAAAACAAAUCAGUGUCACAAAUUUCCUUCAAGGCAAAGAAGACUUUAUAGUAAAAGUGUUGCGGUCAGGUUGACUAUACAGUCAAGUGUUAGGAGAAAUUGUGAUAAUGAUCAUAUCUCCAUUCUCUUCCUCAGUGUCAUUAUAGAUGACAACAGAAAAAUUAAUUUUAUAAGUCAAUUUAAACACACAGUUAUGUGACAUGUUUAUUAGAGUAAUAUGAAUUGUGAAGAUACUUUUUUCAUAUUUGUGAAUUUUGAAGAUACAGUUUUCAUAUUUUAUUUUGAGCAUAGUUAAACCUGUCAUAAAACUGGUUUAUACAUAUAAACAUAUUAUACUAUGUUUGAAACUCAGUAAAAGACAAGCAACAAAAUAUGUUACUAUGCAAAGGGCAGCAACUUGUACAAUGAUUUUUCCAUAGCUCCUUGUCUGCAGAUAUAGUGUGUGAACCAUUUAUCAUGAUUGUUUUAUAACAAAGCUAAAUAAAAUGUUGCAUUCACACUGUGUGUAAUUUGCCAGAAAAUAAUAAAGAUUUUUCUGUU